AUGCAGCUGUUGACAUCAACAGCUGCCUGCCCACGGCGGCCAUUGCUGGUCUCGUAUUUUCCACGUUGCGAUUGGGUGAUCAUGUCUUACAGACGCGCGUGCGGGCGGGGCAGGUCGCAGCCAAUGGGGGCGGCGUGGAUGGCGCGGGAGCGCAGGCAGCCGCGCCAGCCGUUAAGCACGCGCCCGGCAGCGACACGCGUGCCGCCUAGCCAGCGCCAGCGUGUCCAAUCAUGUCGCCGCGCGGCGGACACAACGCGCCGCGCCCGCGCCGCGCCAGCCCGGUGUACACGUGUCACCCCAAAAACCGCCCCCUGCGCGCAGCCGUACCGAACACGCCGCCCGCCGCCGCGCACUCUGCACGCACGCCGCCGCCCAGCCAUGAAGUACAACGGCGUCGACAUCGACUUCGACCCCAACGCGAAGGACGACACCGUCACGGCCGCCCAGGAGACGACCACGUCGCGCCGGAAGGAGCGCGUCGACCUCGUGUGGAGGGACCUGUCGUUCUCGGUCAUGGUCGCGGCGAAGAAGGACGCCUCGUCCGCGCCGCCCGCGCCGCCGCCGCCGGAGGCGCUGGUGGCAGAGGCGGAGGCGCCGCUCAAGCGCGCGCGCCACCCUAAGCACGUCGAGAAGCAGAUCCUGCAGAGCAUGUCUGGCGCCGUGCGCGCCGGCUCCAUGCUCGCCGUCAUGGGCUCGUCCGGUGCCGGCAAGACCAGCCUGCUUAACCUGCUCGCUGGCCGCAUCACCAGCAAAAACGCCCGCGCCGCCGGCGCCGUCUUCGUCAACGGCAAGCCCAGGGAGUACGCCAGCUUCAAGAAGCUCGCCGCCUACGUCCUGCAGGACGACGACAUGUUCGCAGAGCUCACCGUCAAGGAGCAGCUCACCUACGCCGCCCUGCUCAGGCUCCCCGCCUCCAUGCCCAGGGAGAAGAAGCUGCUGCGCGUCCAGCGCGUCAUUCAGGAGCUCGGCCUCGCAAAGGUCCAGCACACCAUGGUCGGCAACCAGAUCGUCAGGGGCAUUAGCGGCGGCGAGCGCAAGCGCCUCAAUAUUGGCGCAGAGCUCGUCACCGACCCCGCCCUCCUCUUUCUGGACGAGCCCACCACGGGCUUGGACAGCUUCAACGCCCUCAACGUCAUGACCUCGCUGCGCCAGCUCGCGAGCAACGGACGCACCAUUGUCUCCACCAUUCAUCAGCCGCGUUCCAGCAUCUUCGCCCUCUUCGACCAGCUCUGCCUGCUUUCGGAGGGCCGCGUCAUGUACUUCGGCCCGGCCAGGGACGCCGUGCCCUACUUUGCCAGCCUCUCCUUCCAGUCCCCGGCCCAGUUCAACCCGGCCGACUUCUUCCUCGACCUGCUCAGCGUCGACCCGCGCUCCAAGGAGCGCGAGGACGCCACCAAGGCGAGGGUGGAAUACCUCGGCGACCGCUUUGUCAACCAGGCCGCCCCGCUGCCCAUCGAGCACCCGGACCAUGAUGUCGAGGCCCCCGUUGCCGCCCAGCCGGACACCUCCGCGGAGGGCCCCCAUGAUGACCGCCUCAUGGACACCGAGUUUCAGUCCAGCUGGCUCAAUGAGUUUUUCGUGCUGUGUGGGAGGUCGCUCAAGCUUGCGCGUCGCGAGAGGACGGCCAACGGCGUUAGGCUGGGGCAGGUUUUCUUCUUCAGUAUUAUUCUCGGCCUCAUUUGGUUGAACAAUGGGCGGACGGAUGAUGAUGGCGGAGCCGCGAGACUGUCGCUGGGCGGGGUCCUGUUUUUCAUUAUUAUCAACCAAGCUUUCGGAGGAGUGUUCGCCGUGAUUUUUGGCUUUCCUCUAGAGAGAAGCAUCAUCACGCGGGAACGGGCUUCGAGCACGUACCGGACGAGCUCUUACUUUCUGAGCAAGACAUUGACCGACUUUCCCAAGACCCUGUUCUUUAACACGCUAUUCUGUUUGAUUGUGUACUGGAUGGUAGGGUUGAAUCCAACGGUCGGGGCAUUCUUCGUCUUUAUCCUCGUUAUCUUCCUAACGUCCUUCGUGUCCGAGUCGCUCGCCAUCGCGGUGUCAGUGAUGACCGGCGACGCGCAGUCCGCCGCCGGGAUCAUCCCGGUGUUCAUCAUCCUCGGCGUGCUAUUCGGCGGGUUCUUCAUUGGAGCAUCGGAAUUAGACGGGUGGAUCGCGUGGGCCAAGUGGCUGUCGUUUGUGUUCUACGCGUUCAACGCGCUGGGCAAGAACGAGUUCGGCGGGCGCGAGUUUGACAAUCCGCAGAUCCAGGCGGCCAACAAAGCCGCCCUGAAUACGUUCAACGACCUGAGCAUGUGGGAAAACAUCGCCGGCCUGUGCGGCAUCCUCGUCAUCUUCCGCCUCAUGGGCUACCUGUUUCUGCACUACCUACGCGGGCCGAAGUUCCUCAAGUUCUAAGUCGACGCGGCCGCGCCGCGCUCGUUCCGUGCAGCCGCUGCGCGUGGCCUCCUGCGCACUCGUUGGCCUGCGGGGGUUUGUCAGGGGAGUAUAUACCGUAUGUGCUUGUGUGUGUGUUUGUAUUGUGGGUGUGUUUGUAUUGUGGGUGUGUAUUAUGUGGCCUCGAAAGUUGAUGCCAUGUACAUCGUACCGUAUGAUAGUUGCGCCUGUUUCCAAGAGUAGUCAAAAAACUGUAGUGCCACCUCCACAACGA